AUGGCCCCUCUGAAACAAGUGGCAUUAUUCAUAUCAUGUGCGGCAAUUGGUGUGCAAGCAGCAGCAGCAGCAAGCUCAAAUCAAUUGUCAUGGGAUGAAGCCUACGUCAAGGCCAAGAGCGUGGUGGAUCAAAUGUCCAUCGAACAAAUGGUGAACCUAACAACGGGCGCUGGAUGGGGCUCUGCAUGUGUCGGCAAUACGCGACCUGUCGAUGAUGAUCUUUUCCCUGUGCUAUGCUUACAAGAUGGGCCCAUUGGAGUACGUCUUGCUAACAAUGUCACUGCUGGACUAUCAGGCAUCACCGUGGCACAGACAUUUGAUAAAGCUGCUUUCCAUGAUCGAGGUGUAUACAUGGGCAAGGAAUUUCGAGGCAAAGGCAUCAAUGUGCAGCUUGGACCAUGCGUAGAUCCAAUGCGUAGCCCUUGGGCGGGUCGUCUUUGGGAAGCAUUUGGUGAAGACCCAUACCUUGCUGGUGUGGCUACAUCAGAGACCGUACAGGGAAUCCAAAGCCAAGAUGUGGCCGCCACUAUUAAGCACUACAUUGGCAAUAAUCAAGAAACCAAUCGCACCACUUCAUCGGUGAUCAUCGAUGAUAGAUCCUUGCAUGAAGUUUGGUUGUACCCAUAUGCACGAGGAAUUGAAGCUGGCAGUGCCAUGGUGAUGUGCAGCUAUAAUAUGCUCAAUGGCACCUACUCAUGCGAGAAUGAAUACACUCUCACCACAAUUUUGAGGGAUGAGCUUGGUUUCCAAGGUGCUACGGUUGCCGAUUGGGGUGCUACGCAUUCAACUAUCGACUCUGCUAAUGCCGGUUUGGAUUUGAGUAUGCCGGGAGAAGAUGACUUUGCCAAAAACCUUACCCAGGCCGUCAAAGAUGGAAAAGUCAAGAAGGAAAGGCUUGCAGAGAUGGCAAUGCGUGUUGCAGCUACAUACUACAAGUUAAAGCAAGAUGCAUCGGAUUUCCCAGAUGUGGCCAUCAACUCCACCGAUCCUGAUUCUGCACCUGUGGUUCCUGUACAGGAAGACCAUGCCAAAAUUGUGCGAGACUCAGGUGCUGCUGCUGUCGUUCUCCUUAGGAAUGAAGAUAAUGUACUCCCAUUGGGUGACUCUAUUCAAAAGAUUGCUAUUGUUGGAAGCGAUGGUGGUCCCAAUCCAGGCGAUAUCAACAAUUGCACCGAUGGUGCAUGCGACCAAGGCACGCUUGCCAUGGGGUAUGGAUCCGGUGUUGUCACUUUCCCUUACCUUAUUUCGCCCAAAGAAGGCAUUGAAUCAGCUGCUGGCGACAACGUGGAAAUCACCUAUACCUAUGAUGAUUAUGAUCUUGACAAGGCAGCUGAUGUCUCAAAGGAUGCUGAUGUAGCACUUGUUUUCGCAAAUGCCAUAGCUGGAGAAGGUGUGGAUCGCGCCAACCUUUCUUUAUGGAACAAUGGUGAUAACCUUAUUAAAGCUGUUGCUGAUGCCAACGAAAACACUGUUGUUGUAAUCCAUGCAACUGGACCUGUACUAAUGCCAUGGCUGGAUCAUCCAAACAUCAAGGCAAUCCUCUGGCCUGGUCUUCCCGGCCAAGAAUCUGGAAACUCGUUGGCAGAUGUUUUAUUUGGAAAAGUCAAUCCCUCGGGCAGAUUAACUUACACUAUAGCGGAGAAGGAGGAAGAUUACUCGGCUCAUAUCAGCAAAGAGGCAGAGUUUGAAUAUGAAGAAAAGCUCCUUGUUGGAUACAAGUGGUUUGAAGCGAAAGACAUCAAGCCCCUCUUUGAAUUUGGAUUUGGAUUGUCGUAUACGAAAUUCGAUUAUUCUGAUGUCAAGGUUUCAGUGGAUGACAAGGAGCAACCCAAGGUGACAGCUACAUUGCAAGUGCAAAAUACGGGUGAUGUUGAUGGUGCUGAAAUUCCACAAGCCUAUAUCUCCUUCCCUGAAUCAGCUGGUGAACCACCGAAGUUGUUGAGAGGUUUUGACAAGGUCGACCUCAAGGCCGGCAAGAAGGAAGACGUAUCGUUUGAAUUUGGCAAGACCGAGCUUAGCAUUUGGGAUGUGUCUCAACGUGAGUGGGUUGUGCCAUCAGGAGAGUACACUAUCCAUGUCGGUGCCAGUAGCUUUGAUAUCCGCACAUCCGCUACCUUUACACUUUAA